UGCCAAGUGUCAAGACCGGCAGAUCGAACAGACAUACAGACACACAGACAGCAGAAUUGACCAUCCCUUCCUUCUCAUGGAGUCUCUCCUUCAGCAGUCCCGGGCCAUGUGCCCGUUCUUGAAGCGCACCUCGCCCGCUGCCCUGCGUACGCUGGCCACGGCUACCCGGCCCCAGGGCAGUCCCGGGGGAGGCACCAUGUCCAACCUGCAGGUGAUUGCUCGUCGGUGCCCUGUGAUGAGCAAGGCCUUGGCUGUCCAGAGCGCCCGUCUGGCAAAUACCAAGCGGUUUACUUCGUCUGCCGCCGGUGUGUCCAUGGGGGUCAAGCCUGUUGGUCGUCGGGGCUUGCACGGUACUGGCAAUCAUGGGGCUAGUGUUGAGGCAGAGUCCUACAAGAAGGUUGAACAACCUUCCGGUAAAUUCCCUCUGAAUACAAAGGCUGGCACGACGGGAACCUUUGCGGGCCCACGGCCCGAGGCCCCCGUGAGCCCUCGGUUCGACUACAAUGGCUUCUACCAGGCCGAGUUGGCCAAGAAGCACAAGGAUAAGAGUUACCGGUACUUCAACAACAUCAACCGUCUGGCGCAGGAGUUCCCGCGCGCACACACGGCCUCCCGCGAGGAGCGGGUGACCGUCUGGUGCUCCAACGAUUACCUGGGUAUGGGCCGCAACCGUCAGGUGCUGGAGACCAUGCACCGCACGCUGGACACGUACGGGGCCGGGGCGGGCGGCACCCGCAACAUCUCCGGCCAUAAUCAGCACGCGGUGGGGUUGGAGAAGACGCUGGCAACCCUGCACGCCAAGGAGGCGGCCCUGGUCUUCAGCUCCUGCUUUGUGGCCAACGACGCCACGCUGGCCACCCUGGGCAGCAAGAUGCCGGACUGUGUCAUUCUCUCCGAUAGCCUGAACCAUGCCUCUAUGAUCCAGGGCAUCCGCCACUCCGGAGCCAAGAAGAUGGUCUUCAAGCACAACGAUCUGCACGAUCUCGAGACCAAGCUGGCCUCCCUUCCCGCCCAUGUCCCCAAGAUCAUCGCCUUCGAAUCCGUCUACAGCAUGUGUGGCUCCGUCGCCCCGAUCGAGAAGAUCUGUGACCUCGCCGACAAGUACGGCGCCAUCACCUUUCUCGAUGAGGUCCACGCCGUCGGCAUGUACGGCCCACACGGCGCUGGUGUCGCUGAACACCUCGACUAUGAGGUCUACCAGUCCCUCGAUACCCCCACCCCCCGCUCCACCCGCGGCACCGUCAUGGACCGCAUCGAUAUCAUCACAGGCACCCUGGGUAAGGCCUACGGCUGCGUCGGCGGCUACAUUGCCGGCUCCGCCGCCCUGGUUGACACCAUCCGCUCGCUGGCCCCGGGCUUCAUCUUCACCACCUCCCUGCCGCCGGCCACCAUGGCCGGCGCAGACACCGCCAUCCAGUACCAGGCAACCCACCAACGGGACCGUGUCCUGCAACAGCUGCACACCCGCGCCGUGAAACAGUCCCUCUCCGACCUCGACAUCCCCGUCAUCCCUAACCCGUCACACAUCAUCCCUCUCCUCGUCGGCGACGCCGAGCUGGCCAAGCAGGCCUCCGACAAGCUGCUCGACGAGCAUGGAAUCUACGUCCAGGCCAUCAACUUCCCCACCGUCCCGCGCGGCGAGGAGCGCCUCCGCAUCACCCCGACCCCCGGCCACGUGAAGCAUCUGCGCGACCACCUCGUCCAGUCCGUGCAGGCCGUCUGGUCUGACCUCGGCCUCAAGCGCACCUCCGACUGGAAGGCUCUCGGUGGCUUUGUCGGCGUUGGCGUCGACGGCGCCCAAGCCGCCAACUCGCCCAUCUGGACCGACGCCCAGCUCGGCCUGCACCAGGCCGAGUCCGUCGAGGAGGCUGUCGCCCGCGAGCUUCGCACCGACGCCGCCGAGAAGCAGCAGGAGGUGGUUUCGCGCAUGCGUACUGCCACUACCGCAGCUACUCCUGCUGCUCCUGCUGCUCCUGCUGCUCCUGUUGCCUCGCCGACCGGUGUCGCUUUUUGAAGCUGACUGACACCGCUAACUGGCUCUCGUGCGCUGGGUUCAGGUGGUCGUAGAUAGUUUCUCCCACGUCCGGUCGUUACCGUCCUGUCAUAUCAAGCAUUACAUUAUUUAUUUAUUUUUUCAAGUAUAUUUGAAUCAUGAGUCCAUAUGUUGACCAAUCAUUCCUGAAAUAUGAAGCCAGGCGCUAGCCAUCA